GAUGUCAUCUUGUGGAAGAGCUGGAUCUGACAGGUAACGUCCUGGAGAUGGUCCAGCCCACAGAGUUGGCAGACAUGUCCAGUCUGCAGGCUGUCACGGCGCUGGAGGUGCAGGAAUUUGAUGCCAGCGUCUUCCGCAAACUGAAGCGACUGGAAACUCUUCACCUGACAUUUCACGGUCUCACAGUGCAGCCUGGACUCUUUAGUGAACUGUCUUCUUUGAGAGCACUUACCUUGACCCUGGAGAAGGCAUUGAGACUUCCGCAGCAAAUGUUUGUGUUCACAGAGGGCAGUGUUUUGAAACAGCUGACUUUAAAAGGGUCGAAAGUGAAGGAGAUCCCAGACGACCUGUUCAGUGAGCUGGUCAGUUUGAAGGAGCUGCACCUCGACCUGCCUCACCUGUUGCAGCUGAAGAUGAACACCAAUGACAGACACCAGUACCUGCAG